UUUCUUAUCAAGGUUUUUUAUGUCAUUCCCCCAUCAUCACAUUGAAUACCUGGAAUGCAUGUUGUAGGAAAGAUAUUGCAGAUUACUUUUUUCUUGUUUUAGAAAAUAUCCUAGUAUGGCAUGGAUCAAAGUCAAAUUCUACAGAGAUGCUGAAAAAUAGUGCCCUUGGUUCUUUAACAACAGCAAGCGCCAGUCUAUCAUUGUCAGUCAUACCAUCUGUGAUACAAGAUGAAACUAUGCAUACAGCUCGUGAAGUGAUUCUGGUUGAAGAUGAGGUGACAGACACCGAAGAUAAUGAAGAGGAUGAUUUAGGAGACUUGGAUGAUCAGCGUAGUAUAAUCCUUCAUAUUAUCUCACAAUUGAGACUUGGGAUGGAUCUAACUAGGGUAGUCCUUCCAGUCUUUAUUUUAGAGAAGAGGUCUCUGCUGGAGAUGUUUGCAAACUUCUUGGCCCAUCCAGACCUGUUUUUAUCAAUUUCGUGCGGAACCACUCCUGAGGAAAGAAUCAUCUCCUUUGUGGAGUACUAUUUGACAGCCUUUUAUGAAGGCCGAAAAGGAGUUGUUGCCAAGAAGCCAUAUAAUCCAAUAAUUGGAGAAACAUUUCAUUGUUCUUGGAAUGUGCCAAAGGACAGAGUAAAACCAGUGAGAGCAAACACUGCCUCUUGUGGUCUCAAGGGGAAAGCUUCAUCAGAAGGUUAUAGGCUAAGAUUUGUAGCUGAACAAGUGUCCCAUCAUCCACCAGUAACCAGUUUUUACUGCGAGUGCAAAGAGAGGAAAGUAUGUGUGAAUGUUCACGUAUGGACCAAAAGCAAAUUCAUGGGGAUGUCUGUAGGUGUUUCUAUGGUAGGUGAAGGCAUUCUUUAUCUCUUGGAACAUGGGGAAGAAUAUAUAUUCACAUUACCUUGUGCCUAUGCGCGUUCUAUACUUACUAUUCCUUGGGUGGAGCUUGGAGGCAAAGUUAAUAUUCACUGUGCCAAGAGUGGUUAUUCUGCUACAGUCACAUUCCACACCAAGCCAUUUUAUGGAGGAAAACUACACAGGGUUACAGCAGAGGUGAAGCACAAUCCAACCAAUACCAUAGUGUGUAAAGCACAAGGAGAGUGGAAUGGCAUUCUGGAAUUCACAUAUAGCAAUGGUGAAACCAAAAUAAUUGAUAUCACCAAAUUACCCAUAAUCCGGAAGAAGAUCAGACCAAUAUCAAAACAAGGCCCCUUUGAAUCAAGGCAUUUAUGGCAACAUGUCACUGCUGCCCUGAAGGAAGGUAACAUUGAUGCGGCAACAGAACAUAAGCAGGUCCUUGAGGAGAAGCAACGAAAAGAGGAGAGGCAACGAGGAACAACCAACACACUUUGGAAACCAAAAUAUUUUAUCAAAGAGGGCGAUGGGUGGAUGUACUUUAAUCCCCUCUGGAAGAGUCAUUGCUAAAUUCACCUGGAUUCAAAUACCCAUUUUCUAAAGGCAUUAAAUAGAUGCAUUAUUUAAUCUUCAGAUGUGAUUGUCUUCUUGUUUAUUAAAGCUGCAUUUUGUAAAUAAUGUACCUCAAAAUGAAAAACUCAAGUUUAUUGAAGAGCCAUUCUAUAUACAUAUAUUAGAAGUUGGACAUGCUUUCUGUGUGUUGAUACCAUAUGUUUAUAUUGUAUAUAAUAUACAUAUCACACAGACAGUAAUUAAAUAUCUGACCUUUUGCAAUGAAAUCAGUGUAUACCACAUUGCUUGCAGGAUCAGACUUCACAUUAUUAUCACUUUCUAGUAUUGAUAAAUUUUUGUAUUUUUCACACUGCCAAAGUUUUGCACUUAAAGCCACUGAAUAACUUACAGCUGUAACAGAGCCUGCCUAAAGAACAUAUUUUGACAAGAAUAUUUUUGUUAGUUUGUUUGAAUGUAACAUAUAAAAGCAGAUUUCUGCCUUUGUGGGUCAUUCUGAAACUUUAUUUCCUGGUACCAUGUAGGAAAACAGAAAUAUCUAAGCGAUUUUGUUAGCCAUUGACCCCUUCCUUUUCAUUAUGUACGUUGUGUACCUAAUGUAUUUUUGUUGGUUUUUUUGAACAGUGUAGAUAUUUGAUAACUUUAUGAUCGGUAGAUGAACCAGAGAUUUCUGAAACAGUUUUAAUUUUUCAAAUGCAUUGAGAGUUGUUUGGCUUCUGUAUCCAGUUUUGUUGACUGCAUCAAUUUAUUUUAUUUUUCAUAUUUGUAGACAGUCCAUCUUCCUCAAAGAGAGAAACAUAAAUGCAGAACUUACUUAUAGGAUCAUUGAAAUAAUUUGUUCAAAAAAGGCUAGCUGUGAGGUGACUGUUUCAGCACAAUUCCAAAAAGUGGAAGGAAAGACUUCUUCCACAUCAUUUGUUGCUAUAACAACCAAAGCUAGAAUCCAAAUUGUGUUAUUUGCUAUGAAGUGUUUCCUUGCAAUAAAACUCUUAACUUUUGGAGAAAAGAUUAGGAAAGCAAUUUAGAUUCCAUAAAAUGGUUUGUGCUAUUUAGAAUACCCAUUCUGUUGUACCAGCCAGCUGGUUUGCAUAGUCAUCUCAGCCAACUAGAACGAUGUAUGAGACAGCCUAGCUUCCUCAAGAUGAGGGAGAUGCAAACUGCCUGUAACUUCAGAAUGGUCCAACUGAUUGUUAAUCAUGUAUGGAGAAGUAGCCAUG